CUACCUCAUCUUUCCAUCUAUAAUCUCUCUCUCUCUCUCUCUCUCUCUCUCUAGGGCUUUCCUAUAGCUGUCUUCAUCAAGUAGCUCUGUCUCCUCUUUCUGAGCUGAGAACUUUAAAAAAAGUCAGUAUCAUGGCAAUACCACCUCCCCCCCCCCCCACGUGAAAUUAUCAUCGCUAUCUGUUUCUCUCUCUUUCUCUCCUUCAAAAGGAAAAUAAUUGGCGACAUUGAUCACAUCUGCUAUGAAUGCAACCAACUUAUUUGCUCCUCAAGCAUCUCUAGCCAGUGAUCGAGCAUUACACAUGAGCAUGCAAAUAUGACCCAGCUCGCUUCGCAGUUACCGUCAUAAUGAAUCUCCCUCCUCUCUAACAUUCUACCUCCUCUGUGUGAUCUUUUCAUCCAUCUCUCUGCUUGUCUGCAAUAAAUUUCAGAUCGUCAAGCAUGUUUUCCGCGAACGGCGACGGUCAUCACAGCCCGUUUCUUCCCACGGAAGAAGCCCUGGCAAUUGCCAGAGCCUCUGAAAAUCAAGGAGCAGGUGGCCACCCCUCGCCCUUCACUCACUUCCCUUCGGUACCUAACCACAUCGAUGGCGCGUUAUCCUCUCUCCAUCCCUAUUUCUCGCAACAACAUGUUGCACCACCUGAUGCCAAUUUCACUAGCUUCGCGGCUUCGAAUCAGACGACUCCUCCGAAAUCUCCCGUCGAUGCCAAUGGGGUCGAGGUUGUUGAUCCCGUGAAGAACAAGAAAGCGUUGCCUCGGCAGAGGAGCGCCGGCAAGAAGGACCGGCACAGCAAGAUCCGGACGUUGCAAGGCCUGCGAGACCGGAGGAUAAGGUUGUCGGUGCAGGUGUCGAGGAAGUUCUUUGACCUGCAGGACACGUUAGGUUUCGAUAAGGCAAGCAAGACCAUCGAGUGGCUCCUCUCUAAGUCCAGGAGCUCCAUCAAGGAGCUGGUAGGCCGAAACAUCACCAAGCAAAGGGAUUGCGGCGGCGAUGUAAAGGUGGCUCAGGCAGAAGCUGAAGCAGAACACGAACAAGAACAAGAUGUUAGCAAUAGGAAAGAGGUGAUAAAAUCUAGCGCUGCUAGGGAAAGGGAAAAGGCGAGGGAGAGAGCAAGAGAGAGGACUAGAGAGAGAAACCCUAAUGCUUUGGAGCUCUCCGGUGCCGAUGGUUUCUGUGCCCACCAGCAAGCGAUCAACAAUGAUGACUCGGCGCAAGAAUAUGGGCAAUUCGAGUCAGAGAUGGACGACUCAUUAAGCAUCAUCGACAAGUUCUUGUGUGAUGCCACGGCAGCAACAAGCAGUGCCGAGAUGGCAAACUACUAUCCUGAAACAAGCGGUCUCUGUCCUGCGAUGAGAAGCACAGAUCUCCUGGCAGGUAUCAUUCAAGAGUUUGACAGUUCCUCGUUUAUUUGGCCAAGAACAGAACCCUAGAUUUCCUCAGCUAUAUCUUCACAAAACGUUACUUCAUGAGUUCUAUAAAAAUUAUUGAAAAUGCAAAAGAAGAUCGAAAGAAAUUGGGGUAUUGAUUCUGAUCUCCUCCCUGCGAUCAGGCAAUUCUUCAUAUGUCGCAUCUCGAGCCACAGUAAUUGAUGUCUUAGAGGUUGGCUGUUUUGUGUAAUUUCCUCUUUGGGAAUUGCAUGCACUAGGGAGAGCAAAGAACUCUUUUUUGGAGAGAGUGUAUCGUGCCUCCAGUUAAGAAACUUUGAAAGUGCUGUGGUUUGUGCAUUGUAUUUCUGCAAAUCCCUUCGGUUAUCCCGUCUAUAAUUUUCUAGUCUCUAGGCAAAAUUGGAUAUCAUGCCGGGAAUGGUUUCUUAUGUCAAAUCAAUGAUGUGAGAGCUG